UGCAGUUGCUGUCAGUAGUCCGCAGGUACGCAACGUGUUCGGGCGACUGGCUGUCUGUGCGUGUGCGCGAGCGCGAUAGUAAGUGUGUACCUAUUUAUUAUAUUAUUAUUAUCAUCAUUGAUAUUAUUGUUAUAAUAAUAUUAUAAUCACACGAGAUCGUGUUGAAAAUCGACAACAUAAUAUCAAGUCACGCGCAAGUAUUACGCUGUUUGGACCGGGUAACUGUUUGGCCUAACCUAACCGGGUAACAGUGAAAAAUCGCGUCACUACAGUUAUCGUAAUAAUAUCAUAUUACUAUUAUAUUAUUAUUAUUAUUAUUAUCAAACCGUUAAAACCGCCAGACGUGCCUAACCCACGGUUUUUGGCGUACAAAUACUUCGACUUAGAUCGUGGUCCAAAGCGAACAAAUUGCGGUCUGCCUAGCAACGUAACUUAAACUUCGGCAAUUGAUAAGUGAUAACCACUUCGAACGCAUAACAUAAGACUUAUCUGUCAGAAAAAUCGGAAGAGUUUCACCGGAGAAGACUACGCGAUAACAAGAGAACCUUUAGCAGAAAACCGGCGGCAGCGACGACAACGCGUUCUCGAGGCAUCCCCCGUCACGUCAUAUAUGACGCAAGAAAAAGUAUUACAUUGGUAUACGUUUGGAAUGAGUUACUAAUUUGGGAAAUGCAAAAAUGUAUAAAUAUUCAUUGUAAAAAUUUCAAAUACAAACCAUGGUCAAACAGUAUUUGAAAAAAAUUUUGAAAAAAUUUAAUAUGCCCGGACAACUCUCUGUGUGGCCCGUAUGCCUUUUCAGUGUCAAUAAACCAGAAAUUGGACGCAACAAGAAUUCUCAUACUUCCUCAAAAAGGUGUAAUGAAGCGCGGCGUAUGUCCGAAGGUGGUCUCGUCAUGUCUUCAUGCGCGGCUGCCAACUUCAACAACAACAACAACAACUCCUCAAACACGAACAACAACAACAACGGUGUGGGCAGGACGACGGCUUCCGCCGUGCCCAGGCGCAAGUUCAGCUUCCCGGCGGUGUUGCAGUCGCACAGUCUGCACUCCGAACUGGGCGGCGUCGACUUCGGCGGCGGGCCGUCGCUCACCGUGGCCACAGCCCGCCGGCGGUUCAGCAACGUCAGCGACGUCGUGUCCCGGAAACUGUCGCACACCAUCGGCUGGCGGACGGCCGUGCCGACGGAACAGAUCGCGCGACAGGGCAAGGCGCUGUGCGCGCAGUACAUCCGGUGGAAGCUGAAGCGAGCCGGCGCGUACACGAAAAAGUGCGCCGGAGCGUUGCGCGCGGCCAGCGCGGCCGCCAACCCGGCGGCUCCGGUGGACGGUGGAAGCGGUGGCGGCGGCGGCGCGAGCAGCAGCUUCUUCAUACCGCCGCUGCAGGCGAUGGCGGCCGGCGCCGACCACAACGACGGCGUGCGCCGCGACGUGUUCCCCGCCGUGCUCCGAGUCGGACUCCAGCUGGAGCGGCUCGACCCGAAACUGUACGCGGCCGGAGCCGUGGCCGCCGAGACCGCGGCCGCCACCGCGGCUGCGUCCGCGGCCGGCAACCCGCCGGCGACCGACUCGGCCGUUUCGCCGCAGCGCCUGUUCCGGCGGCGGCACCAGCCGGCGUACAGGAGAAACGCGGUCACCGCUUCCGUCGUCCUGGUGUCCGUGUCCCGGGAACUGUUCCGGGCCGGGGCCCAGGUCACGUGGGCCAAAGUCGUGUCGCUCAUAUGCGUGGCCGCCGGGCUGGCGGUCGACUGUGCGCGUCGCGGCCGUGCCGAUCAGCUGCCGGAACUGAUCGAGGCCGUCGGCGAAGUGAUCGAGGACGAUCUGGCCGCUUGGAUACACUACAACGGCGGAUGGAUGGGGCUCCAGUCGUACUGCAAACCGGUAGUCAUCAACGUCGAAAAUCCUGUGUCCACUCAAAUCCUGUAUCUAGUGUCAUUGCUCAUAGUUGUCAUAUUUUUCUUGUUGCUAUUGAGGUGGUUCGACUUCAUAUCCGUUUUUCGAUGAACUGCCUACGGCAGAAGACGCCCAAUAAUAUUAUAUAAACAUAACAUAUAUAUAUAUAUAAAUUUAUUUUAUUACUACAAUAAACAUUAUAUAUAAGUAUAAAGUAGGUGUAUCUGCCUAUUAUAUAUAGUUUUAGAGAUAUAUUGUCUGUUAUUUUAU